AUGAAUCAAGUUACGAGUUAUUUACCUUGCUGGGUACGCGGCAGCAAGAUCGAGGAAAUAGUUUGGAUCGGCAAAGAUGUGCUUGCCUGGUGCACCGGCCUGUACAUUAUAUUCUUUCACGUCGUCAAGAAACAACAAACGUUGCACUGGUGCUGGAAUAAUGCGACCGGCGAUGGUGCUCGCUGUAUAUCCGGUCACCAGUCCUCGCCGAUUUUCGCCUUCUCCGAGAGAUCGUUGAAUCCGCGAAUCUUUGUUCUCGCGUAUCCCUCGAUGACGAAAAUCUGCGAGUGCGUUGGAGGAUGCAACAGCGGCUAUCUGGCGAUCGCGUUCACUCCAAACGAUCAUCUAGUGUCGCUGGGCUCCUAUCCGAAUUUCCCGAUGAUCGUGUGGUCCUGGCGAACGGGGGAGAAGAUCGCGAUUGUCAACACGCUUAUACGCGACGAGAUCGGUCAGAUGAUCAGAAUAACUCGGACGGGACGCACCGUCAUCGGGCAAAUGGGAAAGACCUGCGGAAAAUUGUUCACUUGGGAGCUGGAUGUCGUCGAGAAAUUUGUUAUCCUAAAAGAUUACGAGGUGAAACUGCCGGGAGAAGCUACGAUUCGCGGGAUCGACUGGUGCCCGAGCACGCCGAAGGAUCCGCUGCUGGCCAUCACCGACGCGGACGGUCACGUAUACCUAAGCAACUACGACGGUACCAACGUCCUCCGCGUUGUCUUCUCGCAACGCUGCGGGAUUUGCGAGGACAUUGAGGUACCAGCCGUGUGCUGGUUUCGCGGUGGUAUCAUUCUCAGGACGACCUUCUGUCAGAUCCGCUACUUCAAGAGAGAACCGACGACCGACGUCUGGCGCAAGCGAUGGUACGUCAAGUCGAUCGUCAAGCCCCAUAUCCUGGUCGCGCACCCCUCCAGGAAUUGGCUUUUCUACGACACCCUCGAGGGUUACCUGAUGCAGAUGGUGUUCCCCGAGGACGAGGGUACCGUACCGACGGUGCAUAAGUACCUGCAUCACGGCGGUACGUACCGCUUCGUCGAUUUCUUGUAUCCUUGGUGCCAUCACCUCGCGGCGACGGACGAUCUUAAGGAAUUGACCAUCCUCGAGAGCUAUAGCGGCAGCGAGGUCUCCAAAGUGGAGCUCGAUAUGGAAGGCGGUGUAUCGGCUCAAGCCUCGCAUCCGGAUGACCCGUUGAUCGUCGUUGCUAGCGAUCAGGGUGAGAUGACAGUUCUGGGUGUCACCGAUCCGGAGCGACCAACAAUCCUGGCGUACUUUCGUCUCCAGACAAAUUCCUUAGAUCUCAUAAAGUUCUGUCAUUCCGGCAAAUUUCUGAUCGCCGCGCAGAAGGAGACAGGCAAUUGCUAUUGCGUGAACCUGCGACGCGACGCGCCGUGGAAGGUGGUGGCCCAGCUCCGGGCGAAGGGUCGCAUCGCCGACGCGGUGCUGUAUGACGAAGAUACGCGCGGGAAAUUAAAGGUGCUUAUACUCCACGCCCAGUACGAGCCGUUCGGCUCGGUGGGUCAGCAGCUGCUCGUGUACGACGUGUCGUACCUCAUCGGGGCAAGUCAACGUCUGAUCAACGAGGCCAUCAGCGUCGUAACGCUGCCCGCGCUCUUUUACGAGCUGUCUUACGCGCCUGGCGAUCCUCGGCUGCUGAUAAGCUCGCCUUACCUCGAACGGCAGUUACACACCCUGAAGCUGCGACGCGGUUUUGAGGACGCGACCUUGAUGGACGCGACGCUGACGGGUCAUCACACGCGACACGCUCGUGUCUUCGCCGAUCGACGUUGGAUCGUCACGUGCGCCUACGACGGGCUGGUCAUUAUUCGCGACAGAACGGUACAGCAGAUCGUCGCCGUGGUGCCGGUACAUCACAGACUCGACUUGGGCAGCCGGAAGGCGGUCGUUAAUUCCAACGGUAACGUGGUGGUCGCUCUUGGCCACGAUGGCUCUUUGAUCGCGACGCACGUUCGUCGUGAGAGCGAAAAAGUAUCGUCACCGCUCGUGACUGAAACCAAAAGCGUCUAUCCGGUGGACUAUGAAUGGUACGUGAAGCAAAGAGAGAAGAUACUCUCGGAUUACGCCUCCUUGGACCCGGCGAUCCUUGCCUCGUUGACCCGAGCCAGAGUAGAUUUCCCAGCAGCCGGCGAAAAAGGAUUUAGAACCUGGGAAGAAUGGCGGCAGAACGCACAGCUGCAAGAAGAGACAAAAUUUUACGCCGCGGAGAAGGCCGCUAUUGCGAAGAAUCUGGAUGCCUUGAAGGCCACCGUCAAGCAGCUCCUCGACGCCAACGAAACUUGUUCGGAGAUGGAGAAGUUACCGGUGUCCGCGUUCGACCUGAACAGAGCAGGCCGCGAUCAGAGGCUGAAGACGGCUAGAGACGAGCGCGAGGACGCCCGCAUGGAGCUCGAACACGUCUGUGCCUCGAUGGAUCGCAUAGCCGGCUGGUUGAAGGCGACCUUCUGGGAUCCGCAGGUCGUGUUGGGUCGCUCGAUAUUCUCCUUCCGCGGCGACACGGAGGUGACGAAUUAUCCGCUGACCGAGGAGGAUCCGUACUUCAGGGAACACCUGCGAUGGGCGCAGUUCGCCAGGGAUUCGGUGCGCAGCAUCGUCUAUGACACCUUCCAACCGUGGCACAGCUACACGGACGAGCAAUUACGGGUGGAACUGAGCAAACCCGUCCGGGUGUAUCGCGAGGAGGAAAGACGCAGGAUGGAUUUGCUUCUGGAAGAGGAGGAGCGAGAGAUCGAUCCUGAGGAAUUAGCGGAGCUGCGGGCGGUUGAUGGCAUGACAACGCAUCGGUUCGUCGAGCAAUCGCCUUACUAUUACUCGCAAAUGGAGUCUUACGGGUUCGCGCACGUGAUGCUGGACGAUCGUUAUCUGAUGCACGAUUACGGCAAGCUCCAUGCCUACUUCAAUGGGCUCUUCGACGACAUGUACGCGGCAAAGGAGCGGGAAGCGAACGUGAUACAGGAGAGGAACGAGCGGAUACGUCAUAUAGACUCCGAGCUGAGGAUAAUGUUCGGCCAGGGCGUGCCGCGGGUUCCUGCUGAUCCUCAGUGGCAUCCCAAGGAGAAAGCAGAGAGCAUUAUACAAGUGCUCGAUCACGAGGUCAAGGCGAGGCCGUACGUGUCGCCGUCGCAGCAGGAAAUCCUGGACAUGCAAGUAGCGGAAGCCGAACGAAUCAGACAGUUGUUAUUGGCCGACGAUUUUCGCGAGCGCGUUCUGAUGAAGAUGAUGGACGGCAUGCUGGAGAUUCACUGGGAAGACACCAUCAAGAUAGAGGUGCGCAAGCCCGCGUGCAUGCUGGAGAAACAGCCGGAGCAGUAUACAUCCGACGACAUCGCGUCCGUAAAGAAGUACGAAGCGAAUGUGGAGAUUCUUCGGCAGGAACGUGAUCGUUACAGAAGGAUGCUCGAGACCGACUACGCGAAAAUCAUUGCACUUUUGCAGGAAGACAUCGACAAGUUCGACGCCAAAUUGAACGAAUUCUUUCAGCUGAAACUAAGAAUCGAAGCGGCGAUAAACCAACUGAGGCUGCGGCACGUACGCGGCCGUAUGCGUAAUCUGGCGCGGAUUGAGGGUGUGAAGGAAGAUGAUAGAAUGAAGCGAGAGAUAUCCGAGAAACGCCGAUACGAAAACACGCUGGAGGAACACGCGCAGAAGCUGCACGACGUCUAUCAGGAUAUGCUCGCGCAGCACGAUGAGCUCUGCACUCGCGAGAAGACGAUGGUGAAGAAGCUCCAGCAUGAAUUCGCUGCAUUGUCGAAGAUCAACGUCGAGCUUCUCGAACGGCAGUACAAGCGAAGACCGCGGGUAUCCUUGAAGAACGUCGCUGCCAGCGACCUGCUCAAUCUCGCAAAGCAUCUUGUAGACCGUAUCAAGCCGGCUUAUUUCCCGGCCGAAUGCGCGGAUUACUCGAAGAUCCUGGAGAGUUUAGACGCGCGACCCAGCGGACUGCCGCAGUCGGUCGACGCGAGUCAUUGGGACCACCUGACGCAAUCGCGCCGCCAGAAGAUUAAUGUCGAGCUGCAGAUCAAGGCUCGACAGCUGGAGAUAGCCGCAGUGGAGCGAAAGCUCGCCGUGUUUGAGAGUAAGAUCGACACGUGUAAGUCGAGCGUGGCCCUCUUCAACGAUCGGCUGAGGACAGCGAGGGACGAGCGGAUAAUGCGUGAGCAGAACGCGGAAAUACAGUUGGUGCUAAAGAGAGGUCAGGUGGAGCUCGAGUUGCGGGGUGAACGGCGCGACGCGGCGAACGCCGUCUUGGUGCCGCGCGGAGAGAUCGAGAGGGUCAACGAGCACGUCCGCGUCGCGGGUGCGCGCAAGCUGGACGCUCUGAAGCGCACGAUCGACUUCCGCCACGAGGUGGUGUCGAUCGAGUGGGAGCACCGAUGCCUGAGGACAAGGUGCAAGGAGCUAAAGGAGGAUCUGCACUUUAUAGAGGAUGUCACGGUCACCCGGGACAUGCGCACCUACCUGAAGAGGAAGGCGAAGGGGCUGCGCGACGAUAAAACCGCGGUGCAUCUCGAGAGAGAGAUCGAGACCGCGACGAAAUCUUUGGACAAAGCCUUGUCCAGGGAGACGAGUAGACUGGAGAACCUCCGGCGGAAGAUUGCUCGCGUGAAGAAGAAGAACGCCGAGCUCGAUCGAACCAUCACCGAGAUGAACGUGGCGAGAUGGGAAUUGGAGUACCAGCGCGACGUCAUCGGGGAGAUGAGGCAGCGCGAGCACACGGACCGGAAGAUGCGUCUUUUUAGGCAACGAUCCGAUCUGAUCAGGAAGCUCCAAGAGAAUUACACCGAGCUCCUGGCGCUGCAGACCGAGCACGAAUUGUUGCGGCUGCGAACGUAUCCCACGUUGGAAUGUUUCCGGACGUUGGACGAUAAGGGCCAAGUGUGCUAG